CGAGAUACUCGUACCUGUUGACUGCGAGAAUAAAAAGCAACUUUAUGUCGAUAUGUAACUAUAUAGAUAUUCGUCGUGCGUUUGUCAGGCUUCUGUUGUAUGACAUCGGCAAGCUGAAACCUGAAACUAAGGUUCGUGCUGCUGCUUUUCCCAACUGUUGCAUUUAUGAUACGAACGGAAAUCACUGCGAUCCAAACCGCAAGCAUUAUUUCAAUGCGCUUGUAAUGUAUACACUUUCGAAUUUCAUUGCCACGCAAAUCUGUAUAUACCGGAAAAAUACUUCAAAAUUUACGGUACAAUGCGCCAGUUGCUAUAACGGUUUUAUGGUCAAUCAGUUUUCGAAAUAUUGAAUUCUCAGCCAAAUUAGUUUGGUGUUUGAGCUUCGCGUGACUGAGUGCGUAUUGAAGGGAUGGGACCGACAACGCAGUUCUGUGAUGCCCCACUAUUAUAUUCUCGCAUAAAGCCUUUCCGCGCAUUAUGGAAUGAAAUCUGCGCCCAAUAAUGAUGCAUACCCUUUGCAUUUGUGCUCGAUUGUGCAGGAUUACAUCUGUGCUCUGGUGAACGAGACACAACUGGCGACCGGAAACAUAUCUAGCUCCGAACCCGGAAGCUUAAGCGCUGCGCGUCCUUCGCACAUCGAAAUCUGGUGCUACGGCCUGCUGGCGGUAUGUACUGUUUGCAGUUGUGCAGCCUUCGGGAUCUGCCUGUACCCGAUCAUGAAAAACAUCUUUCAGCAUAUUCUGACAUGGAUGAUUGGUCUGGCGGUGGGCUGCCUUAGCGGCGUGGCCAUACUGCAUCUCAUUCCGCAGGCGUAUGAACUGGACGCCGAACAUUAUCUGCAUAAAUCUCUGGGCAUUAUGGCGGCAAUAUAUUUCUUCUUCCUGUCGGAGCGCAUUCUCCGGUUUUCUGUUCAGUAUCGUAAGGAAAACAAAGAAAAGGUGAAACUGAUUUCUAUUCGUGAACGGACAUCGUUACCUCUUCUUAACUGUAACCAUCAUCCGGCGCACGAGGAUCUGGCUUCGACAACUGUCACUGACCAAAAUCAUACUGGGCAUGCACUGAAUGUGCCGACAGUCUGUCUGGAUCGGACGUCUGUUUGUAGAAGCCGGAGACCUAGUGGCGCUAUCCACGUGCACGAUAUAUUUCAGCCGACGGAAGCUCAGCUUCGUGAGCAGAAUGGGUUUGACAAAACGGCCCAGGCAUCUGCGGAUUCUGUGCAUCCUGAUCAUGCACGCACCAGCACUUCUGCCCAUGCCGAAAAUCCUCAUGUCCAUCUGCACGGUCAGUGCGAUUCAGGACAAUCACUUAAGACUGUCGCAUGGAUGAUCCUAACAGGCGAUGGAGUGCACAAAUUUGUAGACGGUUUAAGUAUAGGAGCGGCAUUCUCAAUGUCUAUUCUUCGUGGGAUCUCGAUUAGCUUGGCGGUUAUGUGCGAGGAAUUACCUCACGAGCUGGGCGACUUUGCCAUUUUGCUGAACACCGGCCUCAGUCUCAAACGAGCUAUCCUCUAUAACUGCUUGUCCGGACUACCUUGUUUUUUGGGAUUUGCUGUUGGAGUGUUUUUGGGUGAAUUACCUACGGCCAGCAGUUGGAUUUUUGCAUUGGCGGCAGGGAUGUUUAUCUACAUUUCCUAUGUCAACAUGUUACCGGAAAUGACCAUCGCAGUAGAAACUGCCAGUCAACAUAGUGUAAAGGAUGGGAUGAAAGUAUUUUUGAUUCAAAAUUUUGGAUUGCUCUUCGGAAUACUGCUCACAUAUCUGUUAGCUCAAUUCGCCGAUAAAAUAUCACUCGAAUAAAGUUAUUUCCAAAUGA